GUACUCUCUUAGCCUCAGCAUCGGAGAUCCGGAAAGGAAAUCCAGAAUUUCAAGUCAGAUACAAUUUUAUAUAUAUCAUUUCUUUGGAACCUCCGGCCUUCGAGACGUGGACAUCAUGACCUCAGUUUCAACACAGUUGUUCAUAGUCCUCAUUUCUCUGCUUCUGGUUCUGCCCGCUGUUGAAGCAGUCGAAGCUGGAGAUGCCAUUGCUCUCUUGUUAGGUGUGGUUCUCAGCGUUACAGGCAUCUGCGCUUGCUUAGGGGUGUACGCACGGAAGAGAAAUGGACAGGUGUGACUUUUAAGGGCCUGCUCAAUCAAACUCCACUCUGCAAACCUUUGUACUAUUGAGACCCUACCUGACUUUGGUCUCCAAAAGUUACCAACAAACAGUAUAUAGAGGGUUUCACAUUCUUGGUUGUUUCCCAGAGAAGGGAAGCAAAUCAGCAUUUGUGAAGUAGGAAAACAAUGUUUCCUUUCUAACAAAUAAUACACUGAAAAAUGCAGCCAAUAGUUUGUUACUUAGAAAACAGGUCAAAAAUGUAAAGAUGGCUUUAAAAUAGGUAAGUUCUAGUUCAUAGUUUCAGAAUCCCCAGAACACAUGCAAUAGAAAUAAGGAAGCACUUGCCCAGAAUUUCCCAAAUGACCAGUGUGUAGUUCCACCCACUGCCUCCUGAAAUGCUGGGGAAUCUUUCCUCCAUGUUUUCAGAUUUUUAUUUUGUCGUGCAAGUUAAUAUUGUACUUAGAUAUUAAAUAGCCAAACAUUGAAAUUUUUAUCUUUGGGGGAGAAAGUUUAAAAACAAUAUAUUCAGUAUAGCUAAUAGUGGAAUGAAAAAAAUAGAAAGAUUUAAACUUUUUUAAAAACCCUUUAUAUUGACAUUGAAAUGGAAAAAAUACUGUAAUUAAAAAACCUUUACUAUUGAGUGAAAUCCCCAUGGCAAGAAGUACAGUACUAUAUUAAAUAUAAACACAUUAUGUUGUAAGG